AUGAUGAAUUGCAUCCUAUGGAACUGCCGGGGGGCGAAUAAACCCAAUUUUCGUAGAUCAAUCCGCUACAUUUUGAAGAAGAAUCCGACGGAUUUGUUGGCUAUAUUCGAAACUCACGCGGGUGGAGACAGAUCUGAGCGUAUCUGUCGUGGUUUAGGGUUUGAUAACUCGUUCAGAGUAGACGCAGAGGGGCAGAGCGGGGGUCUGUGGUUGCUCUGGAGGUCAGGAAUCGGAAUCGUGACGGUCAUUAGUUCAACAAACCAAUUCAUUCAGGCGAUGAUGGCGAAUGGAGAUGAGGUAUUGAACCUGAUCGUGGUGUACGCGGCGCCUACGGUGAGUCGAAGAAGUGGUCUAUGGGAUCAGCUGCGUGAUAUUAUUGGAGGAGUAACGGGUCCUGUGAUCGUUGGCGAGGAUUUCAACACGAUUGUUCGAUUGGAUGAACGGUCAGGUGGAAAUGGAAGCUUAUCGGCGGAUUCGAUGGAGUUUGGGCAAUGGAUAAAUGACUUAUCCCUUAUCGAUAUGGGUUUCCGAGGUCAUGCCUUUACCUGGAAAAGAGGACGAGAAGAAUGUUUCUUCGUGACCAAGCGCUUAUAUAGGGUCCUCUGUUGUGCCCAGUCUCGCUUGAGAUGGCAAGAAGCGACGGUAACGCAUCUUCCUUUUUUAGCAUCUGAUCAUGCACCAUUGUAUCUUCAAUUAGCGCCAGUGAGUAGAGGUGAUGCGUCACGACGUCCGUUUAGAUUCGAAGCGGCAUGGCUUAAACAUGACACGUUUAAAGACUUGCUGGAGGCGUCUUGGAACACAAGCUUGAGUACGCCAGAAGCCUUGGAGAUUCUGAGGACAAGACUUAGGCGAUGGAAUCGUGAAGUGUUCGGAGAAGUGCAGAGACGGAAGGAGACGCUGGUUAGUGAAAUCAAAAAAGUGCAGGAUUUGAUUUUGCUAACACCAACGGAUGAUCUUCUAAUGGAGGAAGUAUCGCUGUCAAAAGAACUGGAUUUGACAUUGGAACAAGAAGAAGUGAUCUGGUUUCAGAAAUCCCGAGAGAAGUGGAUUCCGCUUGGAGACCGCAACACAAGCUUCUUUCAUACAUCGACAAUCAUACGGAGGAGACGGAAUCGCAUUGAAAUGUUGAAGAAAGAUGAUGGGUCGUGGGUCACGAACGCUCCUGAGUUGGAGAAUUUAGCUGUGGAGUACUAUAGGCGGUUGUAUUCGAUGGUGGAUGUAGAUGAAGUGGUCCCUCCUUUACCAAGAGAAGGCUUUGCUCUAUUGUCGCAGGCAGAUCACAUUCACUUGGAUAGACCUUUCACGGCCGCAGAAGUGGAGAAGGCAGUGCGGGACAUUGGUAAAUACAAGGCCCCGGGACCAGAUGGGUUCCAACCGGUGUUUUACCAGCAUUGUUGGGACGUUGUAGGUGAUUCUGUGGUAAGGUUCAUUCUGGAGUUCUUCAGGACCGGAGUUUUGCCUCCGAAUACAAACGAUGUACUGAUAGUCUUGCUAGAGAAGGUGGCGAAGCCGAAGAUAAUCACUCAGUUCCGUCCGAUCAGCUUGUGUAAUGUUCUGUUCAAGACAAUAACGAAGGUGAUGGUUGUGAGGUUGAAGCGAGUAAUCACUAAACUAAUUGGGCCGGCACAAGCAAGCUUCAUCCCUGGGAGACUGAACACUGACAACAUAGUGAUGGUGCAAGAAGCUGUGCACUCAAUGAGGAGGAAGAAAGGACGCAGGGGAUGGAUGUUGUUGAAACUUGAUCUUGAGAAAGCCUAUGAUAGAAUCCGGUGGGACUUCCUCGAAGAUACGUUGAUUGCGGCAGGACUGUCUGAACAAUGGGUUGGUUGGAUAAUGCGUGUUGUGUCUGGACCGUCGAUGAAUCUCCUCUUCAAUGGUGAGAAAACAGAGGCCUUUCGUCCGUCAAGGGGCCUGAGACAGGGAGAUCCAAUCUCGCCUUAUUUGUUUGUGCUCUGUAUGGAGCGUCUGUGUCACUUGAUAGGGAAUUCGAUCGCGGAGAAGUGUUGGAAGCCUAUUAAACUCUCACGUGGAGGACCUGAGCUCUCUCAUGUCUGUUUUGCCGAUGAUCUCAUUUUGUUUGCGGAGGCAUCAGUGGCACAAGUCCGAACGAUCAGGAAUGUACUCGAAACAUUCUGCUUAUUGUCUGGCCAGAAGGUUAGUUUGGAGAAAUCCAAAAUAUUUUUCUCUAGUAAUGUCUCUCGGGAGUUGGGAAGAGAGAUUAGUGAUGCAAGUGGCAUUAGCUCUACGUGUGACUUAGGCAAAUAUCUGGGGAUGCAUGUGCUUCAAAAGAGGAUGAACAAGGAGACCUUCUCAGCAGUAGUGGAAAGGGUAAGUGCGAGGCUCGCUGGGUGGAAGAGUCAUGUUUUGAGCUUAGCAGGGAGAAUCACACUGACAAAAUCGGUACUGUCUUCUAUACCGGUUCAUUCCGUGAGUUCUGUACUGUUACCGAGAUCAACGCUGGCGACGCUGGAUAAGGUGUCUCGCUCCUUCGUAUGGGGUAGCACGGCUGACAAACGGAAACAACAUCUCAUAUCUUGGUCGAGGGUGUGCGUACCGAAAGAAGAAGGAGGGCUCGGUAUCCGUAACUCCCUACACAUGAACACAUCACUCAUUGCUAAGGUAGGCUGGAGACUGAUGAAUGAUGAGAAGAGCUUAUGGGCAAGGGUAGUGCGGUGUAAGUACAGAGUUGGCGAUUCACAUGAUCUGUCUUGGUUAAGAGUGAGAAGUAACUGGUCAGUGGUAUGGAGAAGUAUAGUGACAGGGCUGAAGGAAGCUGUCUUGCCAGGCCAGAGGUGGGUUGUUGGUGACGGCAGUACGAUCCGGUUUUGGACUGAUAAAUGGCUCUCGGGGGUCUCAUUGUCAGAGAAGGCCACAAGUGCGUUGCCGGCGAAUUAUGAGGGAUUUGUUGCGAAGGAUUUGUGGAUACCUGGAAGGGGUUGGCGCUUUGACCAAAUCUUACCUUACGUAUCGGAAAAUACUGGCCUGGAGUUAUGGUCUAUCGUCGUGGACUGCGUCACUGGGGCCAAGGAUCGUCUCUCUUGGGGAGGUAGUGCAGAGGGUAAGUUCACAGUCAAGUCGGCUUACUCCCUGUUGACGUUGAAUGAGAGUCCGAGACAGAAUAUGGAACAGUUCUGGAAGCGUGUGUGGCGAGUGAAGGCUCCGGAACGGGUGAGAGUAUUCUUAUGGCUCGUAUGUAAACAAGCAAUAAUGACGAAUGUCGAAAGAAAGAGGAGGCACUUGUGUGACUCAGAUGUGUGCAGCGUGUGUUGUGGCGGAUUCGAAACGAUUUUACAUGUUCUACGGGACUGCCCGGCUAUGGCGGGAAUAUGGCAGAGAAUUGUGCCGGCUCGAGAGAGGAGUGAGUUCUUCUCUCAAUCCUUGUUGGUAUGGUUGUUUCAGAAUUUGAAAGAGGAAACAAGCAUGAAUGGGGUCCCGUGGGCUACACAGUUUGCAAUGGGAGUGUGGUGGGGGUGGAAGUGGAGAUGUGGGAACGUGUUUGGAGAGAAUAGAAGAUGCCCUGAUCGGGUCAAGUUCAUCAAGGAUCUGGCUAAGGAGGUGUGGAUGGCACACUUGGCCACACCGGAAUUGAGCAGGUCCACAGCACGGGAGGAAAGGCUGAUAGGUUGGUCCCCACCAGAGGGGGAUUGGAUUAAACUUAAUACCGACGGCGCUUCUCGGGGAAACCCGGGUUCAGCAGCGGCGGGUGGAGUCCUUAGAGACGCGGAGGGGCAAUGGUGUGGGGGUUUCGCGAUUAACAUUGGGAGAUGCUCAGCACCUCUGGCGGAACUCUGGGGUGUCUAUUAUGGUCUGUGCAUGGCGUGGGAGAAGUAG